GUACGUCAUUUUGCCGCACGAAGCGUAGCGAUCGUAAAUUAUUUUCGUCACGUGAUCGUUUCAACCGCCAAAAUAAGUGUCAUUUUUCGCCGACAGCAUAAAUUUCUGUUACAAAGAAACGGUAAUUUGUUAUUUUAAUCGUAUUUGUUUCUUGUUUUACAAAUAAUUUACAUCAGUUUAAAUAUUUAUUAUAAAAGUUCUAAUUAAUCGCUAUAAAAGCGAUCAAUAUAAUGGCUAAAGUGCAUAUAACCAAUGUCGUUGUGCUAGACAAUCCAAGUCCUUUUUUUAACCCUUUCCAAUUCGAGUUGACCUUCGAAUGCAUAGAAGAACUCAAAGAAGACCUCGAAUGGAAAAUGAUUUACGUCGGUUCUGCGGAAUCUGAAGAGCACGAUCAAGUAUUGGACACGAUUUACGUUGGACCGAUACCAGAAGGUAGGCACAUGUUUGUUUUUCAAGCCCCACCUCCAGACGUAACACGCAUACCAGAAAACGAUGCUUUAGGGGUCACUGUGGUACUAUUAGCGUGUUCAUAUAGAGGACAAGAGUUUGUCAGAGUUGGUUAUUAUAUUAAUAACGAAUACAACGAAAGCGAACCGGAAUUAAGAGAGAAUCCCCCAGCUAAACCACAGUUCGAUAAAGUAGUUAGGAAUAUAUUGGCGUCAGAACCAAGAGUGACUAGGUUUAAGAUCAAUUGGGCUGAACCGGACGCAGCCGUUGCGACAGACAGCGGAGAUGGCAAUUUGGAGACGUCACAUGCACCGAGCAAUGAUUCCUAUGGAGCGUCUUUCAAUGCUGAUAGUCAAAUAAGUGGUAUUGAGUUCCAAGGUAGUCUGAGUGGUUAUGGAGACAACUCAAAUUCUAUUGCUCCCAUGGAGUGUUGAGAUUGGUGAGGAAUUAAUUAUGGGAGUAAAUAAUACGUCGGUGAAUUAAACAUAUGGAAUUUCUAUAUCGACUGAAAAUAAUGAAUAAGCAAACUUGUGCAUAGGUUGAUGCAUAGAGAUGAGGAAUGGUCAUUAUGGAUUAUGUAUAAUGUAUAUUGUAAUAAAAAAAUCUGAACCGAACUUGCUUGUAAAUAUUAGACUUGCUUGUAGAUAUUAAAAUGUGCCAUCUGAUGGAAUAUUUAUAAUAUUAUUUUCAAUUAUGACAUCUGAGCCGUUAUUUCUUAAUGCCUAAAAUUACACUGGCUCAGUUGUUAUUCCAUCUGUAUUGUUUAUGGUAACCGGAUCAUAGUGUACAGUACCACUAUUUCUGAGUCGGUUAGCCAUUCAAUAGCAUUUAAUUUUAAGUGUCAGAUCAGUGUUGCCAGUGUCAUAUUUUCAAUUGCCAUGUUCGGAAUUGUAAUCAAAAGAAAUUAGUUUAAUAAUAAAACAACCUAACUAACUAAAUUAAUGAACUAAAUCGCUUAAAUAACAUUUAAAUAUAUAUAAUUCAUCCUUUAAUAAAAAAAUAUAUUGUUAUAUAUGAUGAGAAAUUGCUGUACAUUUGGCCGAUUGCCAUUGAACAUGGCAAAUGCCAAUGGUAACACUGCUUCAGAGUGUCCCUCUUUAUAUUGGUAUAACAGUUUUACAACGGAGAUUUAAUAUCAUGAUGUACAGUUUAUUCAAAGUUAUUAAUUUAAAACAAGAAGAAUUGCUAUCACUUACGACAUUUGUCUAAUUAGAACUUCAUAUAUUUCUAUAAUAGAAUUGGUAUCUUGAAUGUUAAAAGUUAAUUAACAGCCUCUUCUUUUUGAGGAGAAGGAUUGAGCUUACUCCACCACACUGCUCCAAUGUGGUUUGGUGGAUAUCCUUAAAUCAUCGAAUAUUUCGUUCCAUGACCAAAUGAUAUUGAUUCAAAAAUUUGCAUUAAUUCUUUUGUUAGAAAUUAAAUCAUUCGAUUACUACAUUGAUUAAAUAAAUAUGCAAUAAAUAAACGAAUUCGAAAAAUUUUAAAAUAUUUUAUCUGUAAUUAACAAUUAAUGUCAAAAAAUGUCUUGUCAGUCUCAAGCAUAUAUAUGACUUUGAAAUGAACUGAUGAAUAUGGUAUAAACUUUUGCGCGUUUAUGAGCAAACAGUUUGCGUAGUUAAGCGCGAUGAAAUGAGUUGUGUUGCCUAUAAUCUCCUUUUGAAGUUAAACAAAUUAUACAUCUUUGCUUAUGUUUAUGUAUUAUAUAUAUCAUAACUGUUUUAGCUGAUGACGUGAUAGAUGAUCAAUGAUCUUUCACUUUAUUUUACAAUUCAGGGUCAUUGUUAUUCAUUUACCUUAGAUCUUAAAGCAUUAUUUGUUUUUAAUUCCUAAAGUGUAAUAAAAACUCUUUGCGGAUAGUGACAUCUUUGCAUGAUUUAAUAAAAAAAACAUAGUACAAAGUCCUUUGCAAGCAAGUUCGAAGCAAUCACAUGUAAGUAACUGUUGAUCUGUCGGUACUGUAUUUAUUUUUUUAUUUAUUAAGUAUAAUGUAACAAUACUUUGUUGAUAGCGGAAAUAUUUUUACCAAAACCGAACUAAUAUAGAUAUAAAAUA